UUCCCAGAAUGCAUUUCACAUUCGAGUGACAUCCACGCUAGGAUGAGGAGAAGCGUUUGUUUUCGUCCCCUGAUUGUAAACUAACCGUCCUACACCUUGAGAUCCGAGUUCAAUUCCCCUCGUGGCAGCUUGCGCUUGUGUCAUUUCCGCUCCGGACUUGCCACCAGACCGGGAGGUAUUUUCUUCCCUCGUGGGGUUUUAUCACCAUGUUAUCAUCCGUCCCCAGCAGGCUAAUAGCGCGAAGGUCGCGCAGCCUAUCACCUUGCAGUCGCGUGCUCCAGACGAGCGUCAAGGGCGGCGCGAACCACGGCAUCCGCGAGACGCAAGCGGAGAGCAACCGCAACCCCAUCGUGUCCACCUCACGGGUGUCCAGGAGGGGCCUUUUGGCCGAUGAAACGGCGGGUGCCUGUGUGAAGCCGUUGGUGCAGUACCACCACCUCGCCCCUAGGUGGCUGUCGAAUCUCGAGAUCCGGCGCAGUUCCUGGGCGGCUCUGGCCACCAGAGGGCGCAAUAGUAACCAGUACUGGGAGGAGAGCGGGCGGAAUGAAGGGGAUGGGGGCAAAAGAGCAGGCGGCGGGGCAGGAUUGGCCUCUGCUGGGGCUCUUUCUGCUGCAGCUCUGGCCUUUUGCUUGAGGAAAGAUUCUGAUAACAAAGGUGACGCCCUUCUUGAGGGAGCAAGGACCAAUAAUUCAGAGGAUGUAAUCAGGCUCUUGAAGGAGGGCGUGGAUCCAAACCAUCGCCACCGUCUCGGCUGGACGGCUCUCAUGGUGGCUGCUAUGAACCGGCAGCACAGCGUGGUUAAAGUUCUACUGGAGGCGGGCGCCAACCCGAAUGCAGGAGACGAGUUCAACAACGUUUAUGACACCUCGCGGGAAAAAGGCAUCCACUCGCUGGAAGUCCUGGUGUCCAGAGAGGACGAGUUCAGCAGCAGACUCAGCAGCAGGGCUGGAUUUCGAGGCUGCACCGCGCUUCACUACGCGACCCUGGCGGAUGACGCUCUCGCAGUCCGAAUGCUUCUGGAGGCGGGUGCCAACCCCCUGCAGACCAAUGGUUUGGGCCACACCGCACGCGCCUAUGCCAAGGAGGGCGAAGUGAGCACUGUGCUGCUGGAGUGGGAGGGCAAGUUCAAGGAGCUGCAGGCUCGGAGGGAGGCUGCAGAACGGAGGAAGUUCCCUUUGGAGAGGAGGCUGAAGGAGCACAUCAUUGGGCAGGAGGGGGCUAUCAAUACUGUGGCUUCAGCCAUCAGGAGGAAGGAAAACGGCUGGUACGAUGAAGAGCAUCCUCUCGUGUUUCUCUUCCUCGGCUCUUCGGGAAUCGGAAAGACGGAGUUGGCCAAACAGGUGGCACGCUACAUGCACAAGGACAUCAAGAAGGGUUUCAUCCGCAUGGACAUGUCCGAGUUCCAAGAAAAACACGAGGUGGCAAAGUUCAUUGGCUCUCCUCCGGGAUACGUUGGACACGAGGAAGGGGGUCAGCUGACCAAACUGCUGAGGGCAUGUCCCAACGCUGUUGUUCUGUUCGACGAAGUGGACAAGGCCCACCCUGACGUGCUCACCAUCAUGCUGCAGCUGUUUGACGAGGGGCGACUAACCGACGGCAAAGGGAAGACCAUCGAAUGCAAGGAUGCCAUCUUCAUCAUGACAUCCAAUGUUGCAAGUGAGGAGAUUGCCCAGCAUGCACUGCAGCUCCGACAAGAAGCUGAGGAGGUUAGCCGCAGGAAGCUGGCUGACAACCUUGAGGACGUGCAGAAAGGCGAUGACGUCAAAAUCUCCAGACAGUUCAAAGAAUCCGUUAUUCAGCCGAUCCUCAAGGCUCAUUUCCGGAGGGACGAGUUUCUGGGCCGAAUCAACGAAAUUGUAUACUUCCUGCCGUUCUGUCACUCCGAGCUGCUGCAGCUCGUCGGCAAGGAGCUCAGCUUCUGGGCCAAGAAGGCAAAGCAGCGCCACGACAUCACCCUUCAGUGGGACCAGCCGGUGCUGGACCUGUUGGCGGGAGGUUACAACCUGCACUAUGGAGCUCGGUCCAUCAAACAUGAGGUGGAGCGGCGGGUUGUCAACCAGUUAGCUGCAGCGUACGAGCAAGAGCUGCUGCCCAAAGGAUGCACACUGCGUCUGUCGGUGCAUUCGGAUGGUCAGGAGGAGUGCGGCGCCCCCAGUCUGCGGCUAGAGGUGCUGGGAGAAGAUCAUUCAUCCAGAAUGCUUGACAUCCGCCCACCGCUUAGUCCUGAACACUGACCUGCAGCACAGCACUCUGACCUCAUCGCAAACAUUUCAAAUAAAAGUUCCUCUGAAGGCAGAACGUCGUGGUGUCCCUAAUUCAUGCUUCAAACAAGCUGCGGGUCUGACUAACAUUUGGAUCACUUUUGCUGUGGAUGUCAUCUCUGUUACACACUGAUAAGGUUCAUAAUGUAAAACACUGAGUAUUUAUAAGUAGAAGAAAUUCGAGUAUAGAGGAAGAAGGGUUUAAUGAUUCCUCAUUUCCUGUUUUUCACAUGAUAGAGAUUUUAUGUUUCACAUGUAAACACAACAAUCUUCAUUUAAUGGCAUAUUUCCAUCAGAAAACCAUCAAAUUCUGCUUGAUGUUCUUCAUUUUGCUGUCUUAAUGCUAAGAGAACCAAACAUUUGUUGCAUCAGGAAUGUAUGAAGACCAUGUUCCGCUGGGACGGAGCAACAUUUCCGUUCUUGUUUUCCGGCCUCCUUUGCUGUAAAUAAAGCCGUCACAAAGCAAAAGGA